AAGCACACGACACUGCUGAACAGACGGACUUUAUGUUACUAAACGACAGCUUUUUAAAAACAAACUACAAGAAAUACGGCGUCGGUAGCAGCUUUUCUUCAUUAAUUUCUCCAAGAGACGACAAAACUAUUCUUCUUCAAUAAAUCUGAAUGCUUGACAAAAAAUCCAGAAAGUAUAAAGCAGCUUUAAAAUGAUCCAUAAGCACCAUCAACAAAUCUCUGCAGAACUAAAAUUUCUAAAUAAAUCAGAAUAUGUCUGACUUCACUAAGAAACAGACGUGACUGGAAACAGAUGACCUGAACACUAAGGAAUGUGGCAGGCCAUAAAGGCAGAGGAGGAAACGUUAAUUUCUUCUUAUUGAGACGUCUCAUCAGCACUUUCAUGAUGAUUUCCAGUUUAAAACAUACUUUUAUUAUUACUACUGUUUUUUCCUUGAAUAUUGAAAUGUAUAUUUGCACGUGUGCACAAGCUGAAUAUGAGAUAAACGGAACAUGCUGUCCCAUGUGUCCACCAGGAAGCCAUGUUUUUAGAGAUUGCACUGAAAUCAACAACACAACAUGCAAACCAUGUUUUGGUUUAACUUUCAUGGAUGAACCCAACUCCUUUCCAAGAUGCAUUAGCUGUAAGCCAUGUGAUGCUGGACAGGGAUUAAGAAUAAAAACAGCCUGUACACGGACUUCAGAUACAGUCUGUGAGCCGCUGGAGGGAUUUUACUGCACUGAUGAAUACAGCGGCAGCUGCAGAUAUGCAGUGGAACACAGAAAAUGUAGCCCUGGACAAUACAUAAAGCAGAAAGGGACAGCAUUAAAAGAUGCUGAAUGUGCAGAGUGUGCAGAUGGGACCUACUCUAAUGGCUCCCUUCAAAUUUGUAAACCACAUUCAUCGUGUGAAGAUUUUGGACUUAUAGAAAUAACAAAAGGGACAAAUUCUUUGGAUGCUGAAUGUAGAAAAAAACGUCCAGUAGCUCUAAUAGCUGGAGUCUCCCUAGUUAUAGUGGUAGUUUUGGCUGGAUUACUUAUUGCUAUUGUGAGAAUGCGAAGGAAAUGCCAACUUAGAGAUGGUACUGUGAGGAAAACAAGACACGAGCCAGAUGGAAGUGCUGCUUUAGUUUUACAGGACAUAUUUACUUUACCAAAAAACAGAAAGAAGACAAUUGUUUUUAAUCACAAUGAUCAUGUGGCUUCUUCAGUUGAAGAUGGAAAACAGUUUCGUGAUCAACCGGAGCAGGAGUUCACAAACACUAGAAGUGCUGUAACGUGAUUAUGGAUAUUAUUUCUUGAAUCAAGAAAUGAAAAAAAGGCUGCUUGAAACAUGUAGGGACUUAUAGACCAACCAUUUUGACUUGUUUCAGUCAUAUUUAAUUUUUCUUGAAGCUGCCAUAUUUAUAACCAUUUUAAUGGAACCAAUGCAUGCAAAACUAUAUAUAGAGAGCUGCAGUCUGCACAGAUGUUGCCACUGUCAAAUCUAACAAUCACUGACAUUUGCAUUUAAUCCACAGUCCAUCUCUGUAUACCAGUGAGAGUCUGAUGGUUGUAAAGUGUCCUGUUUGUACUUCGUAGCUGGAUGGGCUGACAAAAUGAAAAAUUCUACAUAGACAAAAUCUAUGUAUAAAUACAAAGAAAGAGGUCACAUGCUGUAUAUAUAGCAGUGUGUACAAACUAGUAUUGUAUUGUUCUGGGUUAAGCUGUG